UGCCUCGUAUUUGUUUUAUUUUAUUCCACACAAACUAAAAUUAUAUUUUCAUAUAUUUGACUGAGUAAAAUUGUAUGUGAUUUCGAUUUAUUUAUAUUUAUGUUCAAAUAGAAACUGAUAAUUGUUCAACACUAGUCUGAGCACCGUACGGAGCUUAAGAGAUUAAGUUCAUUUUAGUUUUUUGUAAGAUGCCGAAAAAGAAAACCGGGCAGCGAAAGAAGGCUGAAAAGCAAAAGUUACGCUUAAAGGAGAUAAGGGGACGCGAGGUGCCCCUCGCCGAGCUGCCGUGCAAUGCGCCCAUGGAUUGCGACAAGUGCGAGAAGAAGCAGAAAUCGCGUGCCUUCUGCUACUUUUGCCAGAGCGUUCAACGUUUACCGAUUUGUGCGCAAUGUGGCAAAAUCAAAUGCAUGCUGAAGACCGGCGAUUGUGUGAUCAAGCAUCCAGGCGUCUACACCACCGGCUUCCCUGGUAUGGUGGGCGCCAUCUGUGACUACUGCGAGGCGUGGGUCUGCCACGGCCGCAAGUGUCUCACUUCGCAUGCCUGCACCUGCCCCCUGCAGAAUGCGGUGUGUUUGGAGUGUGAGCGAGGAGUGUGGGAGCAUGGUGGCAGAAUCUUCAAGUGCUCCUUUUGCAACGGGUUCCUUUGCGAAGACGAUCAAUUCGAGCAUCAGGCAUCGUGUCAGGUGCUGGAAUCGGAGAACUACAAAUGCCAAUCCUGCAAUCGCCUGGGGCAAUAUUCGUGUCUGCGCUGCAAGACCUGUUACUGCGAGGAUCAUGUGCGUCGCAAAGGUUUCAAGUAUGAGAAGAACAAGGCGAUACCGUGUCCCAAGUGCAACUAUGACACCUCUGUUACCAAGGAUCUGAGCAUGUCCACACGCUCCCACAAAUUUGGGCGACAGCAGCAGGGAAUGGGCAGCGAUGACGAGGAGGGCGGCGGAUAUGGGGGCUACUAUGGUGGCUAUGGAGCCAGUAGCAGCUCUGGUUACACCUACGGAGAUGAUGAAGAUGAUGAUGAUGAUGAUGAGGAGGAUGACGAUGAUGAGGAUGAUGAAGAUGAGAGCGAGGAGGAUGAGGAGACAACGGGCAGUGAGGCUGAGGAAACUGCCACAGCUCAGGUUAAAAAAGCGGACAAAUAAUUUGUUAUGUAAACCAAGCCUCAAAUUGAUGUACUAAAUAAAUAAAUUGUGGCAAACCAAAAUUGAAAUUUA